UUUCAUAAAGCCGGCCAGGCAGACAGUCUGCAAAGUGAGUUUUGGAUCAGGUUGUUUGUAGAUUCCCAAGCAGCGAUCCGAUUGAUACCUCUAACUUUAGUGUGCAUCACUAUACUUUUAUAUGGUAAUAUCCUUUUGCUAACAGACGGACCUUUAAACCUAACAAUGUUUCAACUCCUUAGCGGUGAUCACUGUUGUCCGUCGUAGUAGUGUUGUGUUUCUUACCAAAAAAAAAAAAACGUCGAACCUAUUGCACAACUGUUUAAUGUGUAGAUAGCUGAUCUGGAAAUGGGUUCUUUCCUUAUGUCAAAAUCAAGAAUUUGCUUUAGACACCUAUGUCCGUUGCUUGGAAGUGCAAAGAUACUCCCUUAUCCCAAAGAUACUCUACUCUUGGUUCAGAGGACCGCUGUAACACCAGUCCCAGCACUUAAUAAGCUGUCACGUACACAGUUUUACUGCACAAAGGGAAGAGGCAUAAAGCGAGCACAGGCAUUUGGCAGAGAUGCCAAACAAAAAGACUUCACUGUAAAGGAAUGGCCUGUUUCCCACAAGUCAGUCUUUGCUGCUGGUACAGCCAAAAGAGCUUCUGAGCUUCUCAAGAAAAAAAGUGGAAUAGACAUUGAGGAAGAGGCAAGUGUAACCAAAAGAACAAAGCCUAUUGAGAUUCCAGAUCACCCACUAACUGCUUCAGAAUGGAGGAAGCUCAAAGAAAGUUCCACAAGAAGAAAUGGCUUUGAGCUGCAGAUGAUGACAGGACUGCUAACUGCCAGGGCAGAUAUCGACAUUGCCAAAUCUCUUUUGGCGUAUGUUGCCACGGAGACCGGAAGCCUGUCAUAUAAGUUGCUCGUGAGAUACUUAACCAUUUGUGUCAGCGGCAGGCAUCACUCUGAGGUCUUUGACACUUACGAUAUUAUGAAGAGUUGCUUUCCAGCACUUGACACAGGAGCUUACACCUUAUUUAUUAAGGGCUUCAGUCAGACAGAGCGCUGGAGAGAGACAUUAGCUAUGUUAGAGAACGUCAAGAAGGUCCUUAAGCCCUCUGCUCGCAACUAUGGCGAUGUCAUUGCUGGGGCCAUGCUACAUGGAGACAGUGAGACCGGGUGGAGUUUCUACAGGGAGCUGUUGGAUAAAGGGUUGAGUCCAAACCAGGACACUUGGCGGUGUUUGUUUGAGAGUGGCAUCACUCACCGUGGUCAUGAAGAGGAAGUUCAGUCCAUGUUAACCCAUAUGAGAGAUAACCAAAUCUAUCCAGAAGAGUCUGUGGCUAACAGCAUCAAAGCCUGGUUUGAAAGUCUUCCUGGUGAGAAAUGGAAAGGGAGGUUUACAACUGUGGAUUCCAGGGGAGUGUGUCGGAGCUGCCACGCUAAACUGGAGUCCAUCCAGCUGACGGGUGAGGAGUACACUCAGCUGAAGAACGCAGUGAUGAGAGAUGUGAUUGAGGGCAAAGAUGUUUUUACCAAAACCACCCCAGAGGAGCUGGAGACCUUUAAAAGGUUUGUGAGACAAAGGCCUGCUUUUGAUGUGGUGGUUGACGGACUGAACGUGGCCAAUACUUCAGGCAAAGGCAGCCAGUCUGAAACGCUGCUGGCUGUUGUCACUGAAUUGGAGCAGAAAGGUUUGAGCAUCUUGGUACUGGGCAGGAGGCACAUGCUCCAUCCCUCAAAGAGCUGGGACCGCCAUCACAUGACCCAGAUCAAACAGAAGGCCCAUUGCUUCUUCACCGACAACAUCUCUGAGGAUGAUCCUUUCCUCCUUUAUGCUGCACUGCACUCUGGGAAUCACUGUAACUUUGUAAGUCGAGAUCUGAUGCGGGAUCACAAGGCUUGCCUGCCAGACAGUGCCACCAGACGCCUCUUCUUUAAAUGGCAGCGUGGCCAUCAGAUCGUCAUAUCUCAGUACACCCCAGGGAGGAGGGUACGGUUUCAGAACAGAGAGAGUUACGACACCAUCCUUCAGAGUGACAGGACUUCCUGGCAUGUUCCUUAUGAUGAGGAAGGAAGUGACAGAUGCUCCUAUGAAGUGCCCCAGAAAUGGUUGUGUCUCACCAAGGCACACUGA